AUGUAUUUUUAUAUUAGAAGGAUAAGUCUUAAGUGGAAUGUAAAUUUUGUAAUUAUGGAUAUUACUUGUCCGAAUCAUCCAAAUGAACCUCUAAUAGAAGAUCAUCGAGCAGGUGACAUAAUUUGUCCAAAAUGUGGAACAGUUGUAGGUGACCGUUGUGUUGAUGUUGGUACAGAAUGGCGUUCUUUUUCAAACGAAAAAUCUGGAAAUGAUCCAUCACGUGUUGGUGCUGCUGAAAAUCCUCUUCUUGGUGGAUCAGAUCUAUCAACAACAAUGGCAUUUAGUUACAGUAAUUCAAGUUAUGAUGAAGGAUUAGCAGCUGCUCAAAGACGUACCGCUUCUAGUGGUGAUAAACAAAUGCAACAAGCUUUAAAAACAAUUGGUAAUAUGUGUGAUAAAAUGCAUUUGGAAAAAAGAAUAAAAGAUAGAGCUGCUAAAAAUUUUAAGGAUAUUUUGGACGCAAAAAUUUUAAAAGGUAAAAAUCCUGAAGCUCAAGCAGCAGCUUGUGUCUAUAUUGCUUGUCGUGAAUAUGAUUGCCCAAGAACAUUUAAAGAAGUAUGUGCAGCCUGUUCAGCAUCUAAAAAAGAUAUAGGCAAAUGUUUUAGAAAUAUAAUGAAAGUAAAAGAUAGACCAAUGAUUGGGUCUGUUCGAAGUACAGAAUAUCUUGACCGUUACUGUAAUCAAUUAGGUCUUAAAGGAGAUGUUGUUAAGGCAGCUAGAUAUAUAAUUAAAAAAGCUGAUGACUUAGAUUUAGUAGCUGGUAGAAGUCCUGUGUCAAUUGCUGCUGCUGCUAUUUACAUGGCUUCAAUUGCUACAUCUUUACCUAAUCAAGGGAGAUCUGCAACACAAAUAUCUGAAGUAUCUGGUGCAGCUGAUGUUACUAUAAAGUCAACCUAUAAAUUGUUACUACCAAGAGCUGCAGAACUUUUUCCAGAAGGUUUUGUUUUUGAAACUCCUGUUCAUAGGUUUCCAACUAGUUAA